CGAACGGAGCUGUGGAACUCACAUGUGUUUGUCUCUCUCUCUCUCUCACUCGCUCCAUCUCGCACAGUCUCAUGCCUUUACUCUCCCUGGAUUCGCUGGCUGUGUGGCACAUCCCGGGGCACUAACACGCUGAAGGAAGCAUCUCCUCCCUCUCCUCUCACCAUCUGCACUCUUCUCCAACAGCAACACAAACCAAGAAGAAGGAAAUAGUGGAAGCAAAGCAUGAGAAAAGCAUAAGAAGAGUGAAACGGAAAAGAACAUCUGAGAAGAAAGUUCGGAGAUCUGGAGGUAGGAGAACUGUUGGGAAAGAACCAGGAAAGUAUAUUGAUGGAUGGAGAGAAGAAGAUAAAAAGUGUGGAAAAAUAAUACUGAAGGUAUGAAGCAAGCAGACUGAAGAAGAUUUUGUAACUCGGACACACUUUAUAUAAAUAGGACACGGCUGGGUCUGCGAGACAAUAUCAAGCACAGCGAAUGAAGGUUAAGGAAAAAGGAUAUUAAGUGCUCUAUCAGUAUGUUCUAACAGCUCCAGUGAUAUUGCCAGCCGGUGGAAAGGAAAAGAGCAAACCCUCAGCAGGAGAGACCAAGAGUCAUUUGUAAAGGGCUCUCCACACGCAGCCCUAGCCACCCACAUGCCUAUCGAAUUUGUCUGUAAAAUCAAGUUUGCUGAGGGCGACGAAGCCAAGGGGGGCACAACAGAAGGCGGCAGGACUGGGAUGCUAGAUGAAGGCCUUCAGCGGCAAAGGGGGAGCAUGGCUGAUCUAACGUCCUUCGCUAGCACCUCCUCUUUACACGGCCUGGCACGGGUAUUGGGCAGCUCUGGACGCUUGGGUUUGAGACAGACCCUCUGGGCACUGGCGCUGUUGGUCUCUCUCAGUCUGUUCCUGUACCAAGCCACAUGGAGCAUGGCGACCUAUUUAGAGCGUCCCCACGUGGCAGCGCUACGGGAAGAGACUCGCCGCGAACUCACCUUCCCUGCCGUCACCCUCUGUAACGUCAACCGGUUCCGUUUCUCUGCCCUCACUGACGCGGACAUCUACCACUUGGCUAAUCUCACCGGCCUGCCGCCCAAGAGUCGCAAAGGACACCGUCCGAGUGAGCUGAAGUACCCACCUCCUGACAUGCUAGACAUUUUCCAGCGGACUGGCCACCAGAUAGAAGACAUGCUUAAGAGCUGCAACUUCAGUGGGCAGAACUGCUCAGCCGAAGACUUCAGCGUGGUUUACACACGGUAUGGAAAGUGCUACACUUUUAAUGGAAAUAAGACGUCGCCGAAGCGGGUGAGGCAGGGCGGCACUGGAAAUGGCUUGGAGCUGAUGCUGGACAUAGAGCAGGAUGAGUACCUGCCCAUCUGGAGAGAAACAAAUGAGACGACUCUGGAAGCAGGCAUUCGGGUUCAGAUCCACAGUCAGGAUGAACCCCCAUACAUCCACCAGCUGGGCUUCGGGGUCUCCCCGGGAUUCCAAACAUUUGUUUCCUGUCAGGAACAGAGGCUUACGUACCUGCCACAGCCGUGGGGAAACUGUCGGGCUUCGUCCGAGCCUGUGAUCCCGGGAUACGACACCUACAGCAUCAGCGCUUGCAGGCUUCACUGUGAAAGCACACGGGUGCUGAGAGAGUGUAACUGCAGGAUGGUGCAUAUGCCAGGCGAUGCCGAUAUCUGCACACCCAGUAAAAUCAAGUGCGUUGACAAGGCGUUGGCUUUACUUCAGAAGAGCACAGGUGACUCAUGUCCCUGUGAGACGCCAUGCAAUAUGACUCGGUAUGGAAAAGAGCUCUCCAUGGUGAAAAUCCCCAGCAGGGGAUCCGCGCGCUAUCUUUCUCGCAAAUACCAGAAAUCCGAGGAAGACAUCAGAGACAACUUUCUCAUCUUGGAUAUUUUCUUUGAGGCCCUUAACUAUGAGACAAUAGAACAGAAGAAAGCGUAUGACAUCGCUGGACUGUUGGGAGAUAUUGGUGGACAGAUGGGGCUUUUCAUUGGGGCCAGCAUUCUAACUAUACUAGAAAUACUUGAUUUUAUCUAUGAGGUGGUCAAAUGCAAAAUCAAGCGACUCUUGAAACCGAAGACGGAUCAGAAGCAACAGACCCAACGGAAUUUAAUCCAAGAGCAGAUCCAGAGAACAAAGAACCUACGAGAACAGAAUCUGAGAGCCCAGCUGACCACGGGAACUGUAGCUACAGUCCGAUUUGAAGAAGUAAAAGUCAAGGCAGCCAAUGAUGCAGCAAUGGUACAACCACACAGUGCACAUCCAACGUCAAUAUUACCAAACCAUCACAACGCACAGCCUGAGGUACAGCAGGACUUCGCUUGCUAAGAGUCUGUUCC